GUUUUUUGAUAUAAAUGAGUGGUGACUAUCACACUUGAAUAAGGCCACAACGCUAGUACAAUCUUUAUAAGUAGUAUCCACUAGUUAUUGGCCUCUUACUAUACGUAGCACACUAGCACUCCUCCAUAGGGCCAUAACCAUGCCGUCCUACAAGAAACUAGUGAUCGUUGGCUUCGCCUUAACCUUGCUCCUUGUGUCAUUCGGAAUGGAUGCGUCUGCAAAACUGUGCAGUACGACAAUGGAUUUACUCAUAUGCGGCGGAGCAAUCCCAGGCGCCGUGAACCAGGCAUGCGAUGACACAUGCAGAAACAAGGGCUACACAGGUGGCGGCUUUUGCAACAUGAAAAUACAACGCUGUGUUUGUCGCAAGCCGUGUGCACUGGAGGAACAAACAGAGGCGCGCGCCGGAGACGAAGCAGCCGGCGGCGCUGGAGAUAUGAUGAGCCGGACGAUGGCAGAUUGAGUGAUACGCAUGACAAAUGUUUAGACACCAUAUAUAUAAGGAAUAAAAUCUUCAAUACUAUAAAGCACUAGUUAUGACCA